AUGCUUUCAAUUCUUCUUGCAGCGGCGCCUCUAGCCUCGCUCGUGUGUGCAUCCUUUGAUGGCAACUUGAACUACCACUCGCCUUCUCGCCGGCAUGAGGGUCUUGGCAUAGACGUGCCAAAGGUCGCAAAGAGGAGCCUUGUGAAACGGGCAACUCCCUGGGAUCCUGCCCAGCUGAGCUUCACGCACGGCGUCGCUUCUGGAGAUCCUUACCCGGACUCGGUCAUUCUCUGGACACGCAUCGCACCAUCACUUGAGAACGAUAGGUCGAAUGUAACCGUCACGGGUAAUGUAGCAUUCUACAACCACGAGACGGAGAAGUACAUCAAGGCCUCGCCAAACCCUAUUUGCGUGGACUAUCGCGUUGGUACGGAUCGCAAUUUCUCAAGCAUCGCGGAUCAAGGCCAGGCAUACACCACUUCCGACAUCGACUUCACUGUCAAGAUUGAAGCGAAGAAUCUUUCGCCAUUCACGCAGUACUACUACCAGUUUAAUGUUUGUGGUAGCUCCAACAAAAGUCCGCUCGGCAGAACUAAGACUAGUCCUCACGAAGACGAUGAUGUUUCAAAGAUUGGCCUUGCUAUCUUCUCUUGCUCUAAUUGGCAGAAUGGAUACUUCAAUGCGUACGGGAACGCGGCCAGGAAAGACCAGGUAGAUUACUUCGUUCAUCUCGGUGACUACAUCUAUGAGUCCACCAAAGGCAAACUUGGUCAGGAUCCGCGAGCAACGAACCCAUCAAGAGAGAUUGUCGCACUAUAUGACUACCGAACAAGAAUCGGCCAGUACCGUACCGAUGACGACCUGCUUCUUGCACACCAAAACUUUGCAUGGAUUCCAACUUGGGAUGAUCAUGAGGUCGCAAACAAUGGAUAUCGCGAUGGUUUCAGCAACAUGAACAACACCGAGCAGAGCUUCCGAAAGUUCGGAGGCGUGAGUGUUGACUCAAGAAAGAUGAAUGCCGUCAGAGCAUACUUCGAGUGGAUGCCUAUUCGCCAGGUUGACAUGGACGACAACCUGCGCAUCUGGCGUAAUUUUAAGAUGGGUAAACUUUUUGACCUGAUCAUGCUCGACACACGCAACUACGACCGAUCCAUCACGACUCUCAACUGGAACGACGACUACAUUGCGGAUCUCAAAGAUGAUGCUGGCCGCUCGCUGAUGGGUAGCCUUCAAGAAAACUGGUUCUACAACCAGCUUUCCAAAUCGCAUGAGCGAGGGGCUACUUGGAGGAUCGUCGGAAAUCAAAUCAUCUUCUCGCGGAUGAACAAUAGCGCCGUGUACGACGAAGAGCUGAACGCUGAUCAGUGGGACGGAUACACUGCAAACCGCAACCGUACCCUUCAUCAUCUUUACAGCAACGAGAUUCCGAACACCGCCUUCUUGGCUGGUGAUUCUCAUGCCAACUGGGUGUCUGAUCUUGUUUGGCUUGACGAGACUCCGUACGACCAAUCUACGGGUGCUGGUGCUAUUGGUGUCGAAUUCGCCGGCACGGCCGUUUCUUCCAGUGGUUAUGGCGCUGGUAGAUCUAUUGCAAACUCGAGCGAUCGUUCCGCUGCCCUCGUGCGCGACAACCGCGAGCUUCAGUGGACCGAGGGUUACUACAGAGGAUACUACGAGCUAUUCAUCUCACCUGAGGAGCUCAACGCGCAGUACUAUGGCUCUCCAUCUGUGGCAUCACGAAAUCCUUUCGACAUCAGCCUUGCAAACUUCACGGUCAAAGCCGGUGCCAACCACCUGGAAAGGACCAACGGAACUGUCGUCGCUACUGGCGGUCAUGUUGAGAGUGGCGCGCUUCAACGCGGAGCCACCACCCCAACAAAUUUGACGCUCAACACCCUCACUGGGACGUGGAAUGUCACUGGCUUCGAACAGAUGUUCGUUACAUACGCGACCGCACUCCCUGCUGAACCCAUCGUAGCAACCAGAAAACUGUCGCAAGUAGUCACAUUCAGUUCGAGCAACAAAAUGGCAUCCACAAUGAAGGCCUGGCAGUAUAAUAGCACAAAAGGCGGAAUCGAGAAGAACCUGCAGAUCAACGACGCCGCACCUCAACCUACGCUUCACGAUGAACAGAUUCUCAUCCAAGUUCACGCCAUGGCGAUCAAUCCCGUCGACCAUAAGGUGACUGAAGGCCCGAUGCCACUGCGACUUGUAGGCUCUGACAUCACCCCGGGUGCGGACUUUUGCGGCAAAGUCGCCAAAGUUGGAAAGAAGGUCGACGAAUUCCAGAUCGGCGAGUUUGUGUUUGGCGCGAAAGUCGGUGCGCUGACGGGAGGAAGUUUGGCACAGUAUGUGGCUGUGGAGAGAAAUAUGUUGGCGACAUUACCAGAGGGCGUGAAGGUAGAGGAUGCGGCUGGUGUGGGGAUCGUGGGGUUGACCGAAUAUCAAGCCAUCGCGCCAAACGUUAAGAGCGGCGACAAAGUCUUCAUCAACGGCGGCUCGGGCGGCACUGGUGUUUAUGGCAUCCAGAUCGCAAAAGCGCUUGGUUGCCACGUUACCACGACGUGCUCAACACCCAACGUCGACCUCUGCAAAAGUCUGGGCGCAGACGAAGUCAUCGAUUACAAAACCUCUGAUGUCAUUGAUACUCUUUCUUCCAAGGGUCAGGUUUUUACCCUUGUAGUCGAUAACAUCGGCACGCCAUCUAACCUCUACAAAUCUGCAUCUUCCUAUCUUAUGCCAGCCGGAAAGUUCAUCCAGAUCGGAUCAACAUUGAGCAUGGAUAGCAUAAAGACAGUGGGUUCGAAUAUGCUGCUACCAGGUUUUCUGGGCGGUGGAAAGAAUAGCUAUCAGAUGCUGAUGGCGAAGCCGUCGGCGGAUGCGCUGAGGCAGCUUGGCGAGUGGAUGAAGGAGGGUAAGUUGAAGGGUAUUGUUGAUACAGUGUUUGAUUGGGAAGAUGCGCCGAAAGCCUUUGAGAAGUUGAAGACGGGGAGGGCGAGGGGUAAGAUUGUUGUCAAGGUGCCGCAAGACAAAGCUAAAGAGAAGGCUGAGGUCGGAGAUGCUUGA